UCCAUUAUCAUUGGCAAUGGAUAAUGAGGGUAGGGAGAAAUUAGACGCCGACCAAACAUCACCAUCUAAAACUAUUUUUACGCUUUGAUUCUUUUGUUUUCUCAAUAUAUAAUGUUUUCUUUUUACACAAUUAGCAGCGGAAAUGAAAUGAAAUGAUGUGAAAAAGCAAAGGGAGAUUGCUUGCUGAACAUCUUCACCUAAUCCGACCACUUCAUUAAUUAAGGGGAAAAAAAAUCGGUGGCGGUGUACAGAAAUUCGGACGGCCUGCGAUGCCGUCAUCAUGUUAUUGUAUGUAUCUAUAUGUUCUGUCGCCGUCAAUUCCUUUUAUAUUAAUUUGAUCGUUCCUUUCCUUGUCACUUGUUAUCGCCUAAUUUUUAUGUGAUAAUUGAUUAUUGACAUCUGUGUUCUAUUAGGGUUAUUAGUAUAAUAUAUCUCUUUAUAGUAGAAUUUUAUCAAAUAUGUCCCACUAUUUUGUUUGAUGAUGUAUGUUUUUGUGAAAAUGUCCUUCCGUUAAAAUUUUUAUCCACGAAUAAUGUUUUGGUUUAGUGGUAUUACCACUAGUUUUAAAUCUAGAUGUCCCGGUUUGAAUAGCUCAAGUAGCACCUUAAUAUGUAUUUUUUGGUUGAAUCUUGGUUUGGGCGACACAAAUGUUUAAAAUAUCCCUAGUAACUUCACUUUAGAAUUUUUUUUUGUUUCUUUUGUAUAGCCAAAUACCUCUAAUUAUUUCACUUUAACCAUGGAGAAAUAAAUGAGGAAGAAAACCUGACAAUGUCCCCCAAAUUUUGCCGAUGUUGGGUCAUCUGAAUAUCUAUUCAAAUGUGGUAGACCAUUUUUAAUGGAAAUUUUAAUAAAAGAAUAAGUUUGUUAAUUUUUUCUAGGGUUAAUAUUUUCGUAUGGCCUGAACUUUGACAAAAAUAAACAUCCUGGCCAAUCUUUUCGAUCUAUAACAUAAUGGCCCGAACUAUACACCAAAAUAAACAAUUUGGCCAGAUCUGACUUUUGACCGUUAACUUUGACGGUCAAACGCGUUGACUGUUAGUCAACGCGCCAUGUCACUGCCAAGUCAACAUAAAAUAUUUAAAAUAAUUCACAAUUUCCACACAUUUCCUAAUUUUAAAUUAUUAUAAAUUAAAAAAUCAUAUAAUACCUUAGUUAAACCAAAAAUAAAUAACGCAAAAAUAUAAUAUUUGUCAGAUCUUCUGACUUGGCAGUGACGUGGCGUGUUGACCGUUAGUCAACGCGUUUGACCAUCCAAGUUAACGGUCAAACAUCGGGUUUGGUCAAAUUGUUUAUUUUAGUGUAUAGUUUAGGCCAGGAUGUUAAAGAUCGAAAAGUUUGGCCAGGAUGUUUAUUUUGGUCAAAAUUCAGGCCAUACGAAAAUAUUAACCCUUUUUUCUAAGUAUAAGGACAUGUUUGAGUGUUUGAUGUAAAAAUAGUAGAGUGACAUGUUUGAUAAAACUGCACAACAGAGGACCAUAUUAUACCUAUAACUCUUUCUAUUAUUAUUAUUAUUAUUAUUAUUAUUAUUAUUAUUAUUAUGGAAAACCUAUUUGAAAAUAUUUAGUGUUAUAAUAUGAAAGAAGCAGAACAAACAAAGGUUACAAAAAAUUAGUGGGUAGCUGAGAUACAAUCUGGGCCCCCAAUCCCUUAGCUAUAGAAAAACUAAGUCUAGUAAAAAUGUACGCGGCCGCCCGAGCCACUGCCAUCCUAAGACAUGGAGAAUUUUUGGAUCUUCUUGAGCAAAGUCAUGACAUCUGUAUCCAACUCUCCCAGCGAAGAAAAAGAAAAGGGCAGGAAACCGUAACCAGCCCCGGUACUUGGCACACUUUCGCUAAGCAGCAUCAGCAACAACUCGGCCAGGCACAAAACCAGUCAUCCCAGUCUGAAUCAGAGGUGAAGAUCCAGUCAAAUCUACACACAUCUCGCCCCCUGUCCCAAUUGAUUAUUCUCAACAUUGUAUAGACAAAUUUUACAAAAAGGUCAUGUAUCCGAAUUCUGAUAAUCUUCAUUGUUAACCCAUAACAAAGAGAACAAGAUAUGAUACAUGUGUAUGGUUUUCAAGUCCAAUAUUGUGGUUUCAUUGAGUUUGUUGAGUUGUAUUGUAAGAAAAUUAUAUAGAAUCCAAUAUUCAACUUCUACGAUAUUCAAGCCAAGUGGGCAAUAUCCUCCUUUGAAAUUCCACCUUACGAUAUAUGCAGUUUUGCUGCUUUGAAGGUCGUAAACCUUACUGAAAAAUUAAAUACGACACCUGUUUCGGUGAAGAAUAUAGCCGUAAGCCGCAUAGUGGUGGCCAUGAUUGACAUUUGUUUGCUGCCCCGUUUUUAAUCACUGCUUUUAAUUUUAAGGUUGGGAUCUGAUGAAUAUCAAACUGGGCAUAUGUUAAUUAGAUGAUAAUAGGUGUUAGAUCAGCUGUAGCUCUCAAAACUGACGUCUAAUGAGAUGAGAUGCAUGCAUACAUAAGAAAUAAUCCAAGCAGAUCGGGGCUGAAAAAUGCCGGUAUCAGCUAAUAAUAUCUCUGGCUAGCUAAGUCUUUUUCCUAUAAAAACAUAACGUGACAUUAUGUUGCUUUUCUCGUGGUCGGGGGCUAAUUGAUUAUGCUAUAUAGUUCAAUAAAAUCUGAUAUGCGCUAAUUUGUAACAUAUAUUUAAUGAGUUUUGCUAUUUAAAUUAUGAAUUAAUCCGAAUUUAUCAAGGCAUGUUAUUUUAUCCUAUUUUCUGCUAAGUGAAUCACAAUUUCGAAUUGUCUCCGACCCAUGAGCUCAAUUGCAUAAAAAAAUAACUGGAAGUUCUAAUUCAUCAAAAUUCAUCCAAGUAUAUUUAAUAGGUCAGGGUGUGAGAUGAGAUUCGCAAAUACACUCAUUUUUCUUGCUCUGCAGUAUUUUUCUUCAUUAUUGUCAACAUGUUAGAGCACAUCUUAGAUGCUCAAACCAAUGCCAAAACCAUUCAAAGCAUCUCCAAACUCCAAUGCAUCCAAAACUCAGAGGAUUUUGCUCCUUGAUUUAUUUCUUUCAAAAUAUAUUUUAUUUAAAUCUUUUUAUAAACGCGAUGUAAUGGAUCGGGAAAUCGUCGGAAUCGACAAAGCAAGAAUACGAAAGCGAGAAUCGAAAACACAGACACACGAUUUACGUGGUUCACUAACACGAUGUGUGUUAGCUAAUUCACGAGCGAGAGAGAGUCAGUUUCACUAUAUCGAGGAGAUUACAAAUUACAGAGGAGUAUGAGAAGUAUUUAUAGUACUUCUCCAUGUGGAUCUCAACCUAAUCCAAUAUGGCAAAGGAAACAGUUACAGACCAGGCCCAGAACCCGAACCCAAAUAACAUUGAGCCCGUACACAGUGGAGGUCAUAGCGGCUGAUAGUCCGAUUCAAUCACAUCAACAAAUCUAAAUGAACUGAAAUACACCUAGAAAAACAUGCAAAAGAUAAAAAUGAUAAAACAUAAGUAGCUCACAAAAAAUAGUUCUAAAAGAAUUCAAACAAAAGUGAACAUGUAAGAAAAUACGAGUUAUCAAAUAUCAAGAUGAUUAAUACUUUAUAAUGUUGGUCAAAGACAUCAAAGUAUAUUCAAUAAGUGUGAACGUAAACAUAUAUUACACCAAGCAUACUUUCUUAAUAAUUAACUGUGUGAUGUUUAUGUUAGGCCAUGAAUUAUCGAUUAUUUUUCAAUGUGACAAAUGUAUUUAGAAUAAUCCUUUAAUAAUUAUAUGUUUUCUAUGUUCGUUUAGCUUAUUUUCCUUCCUCACGCGUAGCUUUAGAAAGGGCGGAAAGUAACAUUAGUUUUUUUUCCCCCACCAAACGACGUUGGAUUGUCGUUUGCCCCUCCAAAGCUCUGUCCAUAAAUUUAGCAGGCUGUGAUGUUUCUCUACAAAAGGACGAUAAUGAUCAAAUACUAAAUUUAACAGGAAAUC